GGUCAAUUCCUCUCGGUGUAGUCAGAAUGGAAUAAUCAGCGUCGGUGUUUAGCUAGCUAUCGCUCUGCCUUUAACAACAAAACAUUUUCUUUGUUUUGUUUUGUAAAUAGUUUACGCGUAUUUCCUUAGCCGAAGUAGCUACAAUACUAAAAGAUAUACAAGAAUAUUCAGGUAUUUGGAGUAAUGUGAGACAAAAGCUUAAGAAAUAAACGCGUUAGCCUUUAGCUUUGAUGGCAUCUGUUUAACUGUUCAGAGAAUGAAUGAGCGCCUAUAGAUUGGUGAGCGGUAAUUCUGUUUGACAGGCUGAAAAAGCGUUUAUAAACAGCAUAAGAAACAUCAUAUAACCAUGGCUACCGGUGCUGAUGUUCGGGACAUUCUGGAGCUUGGCGGAACGGACAACGAUGGUCCCAUCAGUAAGAAAGAUCUCAUCAACUCGGAUAAGAAAAAAUCCAAGAAAGCAACUGAGACGCUGACUUUCAAGAGACCAGAGGGAAUGCACAGAGAGGUUUAUGCGCUGCUCUAUUCAGAUAAGAAAGACGCACCGCCUCUGCUGCCUAGUGAUACUACUCAAGGUUAUCGGACGGUCAAGGCCAAGCUUGGAUGUAAAAAAGUUCGUCCCUGGAAAUGGAUGCCUUUCACCAAUCCAGCUCGCAAAGAUGGGGCCAUUUUCCACCACUGGAGACGGAUGGCCGAGGAGGGAAAGGACUACCCUUUUGCUCGCUUUAACAAGACAGUCCAAGUGCCAGUGUAUUCAGAGCAAGAAUAUCAAAUGCAUCUCCAUGACGAUGGCUGGACUAAGGGAGAGACAGACCACCUCUUUGACCUGUGCAAGCGCUUCGACCUGCGCUUCGUAGUUAUCCACGACCGCUAUGACUACCAACAAUACAGAAAACGUUCCAUAGAGGACCUGAAAGAACGAUAUUAUAACAUUUGUGGUAAGCUGACCAAGAUCCGUGCAGCCUCUGGGACCGAACCCAAGAUCUACAUCUUUGAUGCUGGCCAUGAAAGGCGCCGCAAGGAGCAACUGGAGAAGCUCUUUAAUCGCACACCUGAGCAAGUGGCAGAAGAAGAGUAUCUUAUUCAGGAGCUACGGAAGAUCGAGAAUAGGAAGAAGGAGCGUGAGAAGAAGGCUCAGGAUCUGCAGAAACUCAUCAAAGCAGCUGACACGACUACAGAGCUGAGGCGAGCUGAAAAGAGAGUCUCUAAGAAGAAGCUCCCUCAAAAAAGAGACACAGAGAAACCAGCCGUUCCAGAGACAGCUGGCAUCAAGUUCCCUGACUUCAAGUCUGCCGGUGUCACUCUGCGCAGUCAGAGGAUGAAACUGCCAAGCUCUGUUGGCCAGAAGAAGAUCAAGGCCAUUGAGCAGAUCCUGGCAGAGCAAGGAGUGGGUGAGUAUGAAUAAAUAUUAGC